UGGUGAGUUAGAUGUGCGCGCGUAUGAAAUUGACGUCACGUCCGAGACAACACAACAGUCAACCUAACUUACACGGGUGCGGGCUAAAUGCAUUCAAGCGAAUGUUUUUGUGUCGCGCUAAACAACAACUAAAACGCCAAUAAAUAUGAAAAUGAGACUUGCCUCUGAGACUGUGCGCGCCCACCGUUGUUGCAUUUCGUUUUGUGAAAGAAAUUUCUAAUUUCUAUCUUUCAGCAACGUUUUCGUAAAUAAGAAACUCAAAGAAACGUCGACAUAAUCCCUAAUAAUAAUAGCAGUAAAACGUCGGCUUUAGCAGUGUUAGAUAAAAGAUCAGCAUAAAAGCACAAACAAAUAAUAUAAAUUAUAAAUAAAAAAAUCCGAAAUUUCGUUAGAAAAUUUGUGAAAGAAAUCGAUAAAAAAAAUACUCCAGCUACUUUUAGCAGCGUUUUUUUUUAAUAUUUUUUUCAUAUAAUAUUACUUGUGUGUUGGUGCGUGUGCAGCGCCUGAAACCUGCCAAGUGCAAGCGUACUUGAAAAAAUUGUGAAGGAACGCAUGCGCAACCCCCAAAUGGCUGCGCUUUUGCUGUUGCAAGGGUUAAUUAAAACAUUAUCAAACGUAGCAGAAAAACAGUGAAAUAUUUUGCAGUUAAAGUGUCACAAAUCUACGGCAAAAGUAUUGCAGGCUUGCUAAACAACGUUGCAGCGUAAACAGGGACUGAAAAAAACUCAUUAAGGAUCGUACGAUUCGAACAGCCGGUUAUUAAUCUUAGCCACAAGUAAUUCAUCUAGUAUGUGUUCCCAGCAUUACUGCAGCUAAAGCGUGUACUCACUCUGUGCAACAGUAACAGCAACAGCGAUCGAUCGUUUUAAAAAAAUAAUACCAAGCCUAUACAUCCGGUUUUAGAACAUCAUUUUGGCGUUGGGCCAUGGCGAAUCACGCAACAUUCUCAUCUGCUGCAACAACAGGAAUAACUGGGUCUUGGCAGCUGUCAUUCUUGUUGAGUUUACUCAUAUGUAAUCAACUAAAGCUAUCCGCGGCUUCACAAUCCUCGUCACUGGGUGUACACAUUGUGCGUUCUCCCGAAUCAGCAGUGGCGCCCAAAGGUGAUGAGGUUGUUUUUGAGUGCGAAUUAAAUUUGGCUCCCGACCGUUUGGAAUGGCGGUUCCGUCAUACAAGCGCACGUGCCACGGACGCUAUGAACUACAAUUAUCUUCAUGGCGGCGAGGAUGGACACAAUAUUGUAAAUGAAAACCUGACAUCUCGUUUGCGUGUAUUUGUCUCGUCCGAAACUUUGGGUGAUUACCAAUGUGUGGCCUGGGUCGGAUCGGCCGCAAUUGCUUCCACACCCGCACGGCUGACACUCGUAUCCAUAAGCAUCGACAACUCGAACGGUUAUAGUCGCAAUGCAAUACGCUGGAGCGUAGCGCCGAAGAAUUGCAUAUUAAUACGUUGCGGCACAGUGAGCUCGAAUCCGCCAGCGGUGUGGAGCUUCUUCCGCAACGGCGAGAAAGUGCCACAGACCGAGGUGUUGCCCUCAGCAAAUGGUGCGCUCAUACUUAAUACAGUGUCAUCAAAAGAUUCCGGUAACUACACUUGCUCGGCAAUGAACGCCAUCACUGGCGUGGAGGUGAGAUUGCCACAACGCAUAGACUUGCGCGUCGAUUAUAUUGAUCGCACGCCGCCCUACUUUCUUAAUGUGCCAGUGUCACAAGUGACGGCGCGUCCAGGUGAAACAGCCGUACUCGAAUGCCCAGGUGUCGGUUCGCCACCACCGGAAGCCGUUUGGAGUAGCCCGAAUGUAAUUAACAUCUACAACAAUCGAACAAAAGUGUUGCCAUACGGUUUGCAGAUAUCUGAUGUGAUGCCCGAGGAUCAAGGUUCGUACGUGUGUCGCUUAGACAACGGUAUUGCGCCUGCUUUGGUGCAAAUUAUAAAAUUUAUUGUCUUGGAGGCGCCACAAAUACUGCGUGGUCCAGCAAAGACACGAACAAAUGAAGGCGAUCAACUGGAAUUGGAAUGCUCGGCAGCCGGCAAUCCUUUCCCCCAGAUCUAUUGGUUAAUUAAUGGCGAAGACACUUCUUUGGAUAACGAGACCUUUCAUGAAGACCGUCGUUUGGUUAUCCGGCAUGUACAGAAGCGCCAUGCGGGCAUCGUGCAGUGUUUUGCAAAGAACGAAGUGGGCGAGGUAAGCGACGGCAGUUACUUAGAAGUGAACCCGAAGCAAAUACAGGGCGAAGACUCAGCUCCUCUAGGCUCCGUGCCAAUACGCAUGCCUUAUGAGCACACCGGCAACAAAAACAAGGGCAAACGAAAACACAUGAAAAUACCCAACAUGAUUCCUCCCUCGCGACCCAACGUGACUCGAUUGUCCGACGAUUCGGUAAUGUUGCGCUGGUAUGUGCCAAAGAACGAGGGGCUGCCUAUACAGUUUUUCAAGGUUCAGUAUCGCAUGCUCGGUGACUCGAGCCGCAAAAUACCGCGCGAAAAUUGGCAGACCACAAACGAAGACAUACCAUACGGCAAACGCGACCGUAUUUUUGAAGGCGUAAAGAAUUUCACCUCAUCAGUUUCCGGCUUGAAACCGGACCGAUUCUACCGUUUCCGCAUUAUCGCUGUUUACUCGAACAACGACAAUAAGGAGGGCAACACUUCAGCGAAAUUCUUUUUGCAAAGUAGCGAAGCUUUAGGCCCCACCAAAGCCACACUGCCCGCGCCAGAGCUGUUGCGCGUGGAACCGCUUUCAGAGACUGCAGUUAUGAUACAUUGGACGCUGCCGGCGAAUCCAAUAAACGUGCCGGAUGGUUUUUACGCCUACUACCGGCUCGCCUCUUCAGCAGGCGAAUACCUCAAAGCGACUGUAGACGGUCAACAUACACGUAAAUUUAAGAUCGACUUGUUGGAAGCGGGUACCGCCUACGAGUUCAAGCUGCAGUCCUUUAAUGCACUAGCUGCGUCCGAGUUCAGCGCCAUAUUACAGGGCAAAACGAAGAAACUGGCAACCACACCAAUGCCUGUGCCAGCAGUCACGCCUGCAAAAACCAAGGAGAACGACAAGCCGAAAUAUCCGAUAGUGGCGGGCAUCGCCGGCUGCGGUAUACUCCUCAUCGUAGCCAUAGUCGCUGCCUUCUUAUGCAUGAAGCGACGCAGCCCGGCGACACCAGAAGAUGAAGACAAACCACAGCUAGACCACAUACAGGCCGAUUUUGUGACACCCUCAGUGCUGGGCGUGGCGGCGCAUCACAAGUCCGGUCACCGUCUCAACGGCGUCAUACCACGCAUGAACAUCACGCCCAAUCCGUUGGCGCAGGAAGCCGACAAGGCACAUCUAGGCUCGCAUCAGGGCCUGCACCACGCGCAGCCAUACCAUCCACCGCCGCCCGGCACGCCCACACUAAUGCACAAACGCGGCGACUACAUGCCACACCAUCAUCAUCAUGCCAACGCGUCGGCCGCCGGCCAACAUCCGCCGCCGGUGCCACCACACCAGAACAACAACCACAGCGGCCACCAUAACGCGCACCAUCUGUACCAGCAACACCAGCAGCAGCAUGCGCAGGCGCAAUCGCCACAGACGCCCUCCAUGGAGCAACAGCGCCGCACAUUGGAGCGCAGCGCGCGCAAUCUGCACUACACGGCGACCGCAGUGCCAGCGAAUGCGACGCAGCCACAUGACGCGGCCAUGAACAUCGAUGGCCUGCCCACGCGCAUACCGUCGCUGCGCCGCACACGACGCUCCUCCGGUAACACCAACAACAACAACGGCGGCGUUGGUAUACCCAUCGUGCCGGGCAGUCCACGCGUGCAGCGCUCGCCGAUGCCGGCGCGCGCCAUGAUGAAGCGCGGUCGGCUGGGCAGCCACAACGACAACAUGUCCUCGGGCAGUUUGAACAGUAUUGAGGUGUAGGCGGCUUCGUAUAAGUAGUGUUAAGUUCUAGUUUAGUAGGGGAGGCUAGCCAGUAUGCAACUAUCUAGACACAGACAUAGGUCUAGGGGUACCACGGUACUUCAGUGGGUAUUGUUUAAAUUUAAAAUUCGUUAUAUGUAUAACUAAGAAUAAGUCAACUGAUUGCAAUCUUGAUUGACUUAAAUUGUAAAUAUUUAUUGCUAGAACUACAUCAGAUUUUUCUAGACCAGUCUAGGAAACAGUUAGAUCUAAGCACAAUGUAUGGCAUAGGUGUAAGUAAUAUCUCGAAUAUGCAAGUAAGUAACUCGAAAAACUCGAUUAUCUGCAUACUUUUAGGCUGAGUUCCUUAUAGUGCCUUGUUAUGUAACACUUAGUAAUACCACAUAAAGACUUAACGGAACUAACUCCAAUGACAAUUGUAGUUAUAUUAGUUUUGAAUACGAAAUGACAUCCACUAGUAGUAUAACUAACUUAAACUAACUAAUUAAUUUGGCGUUAACUCCGUCCUGCAGAGCUAACAAAAAGUAAGAUAAAAUAUAUUGAACAAAAUAAAAGACUUAGAAAUCGCUAUUUGUGAGUCUAGCAGCAUGAAAGUUGAUUUAGAAAAUAUAUUUUUGAAAAAGUGCUUAAAAAUAUGCAACUUACAAAUUGUACUGUUAAUAUAAUUUUCAAUUUUCGAAGCCUACAAUUUGUCUAAAUAGAUUUUUAUUGUUUUAAAUUAUUUAAAAUAUAAUUUUUGUGCUUCCUACAGUUUUUGACUGCACUUUAUUUGUACGUACUGUGCAUUUUUAGUAUUUAUUUAUAAGUUCAAUAUUACAUACAUUUAAUUUAUUAAAAAUCGACCUUUAUUGCCUUACUUUUAUUUGAUUAAAU